AUGCAACAUCUGCUCCCUCUGCCCCAACCUGGACUCUUCCAUUUGAAAGACACCAACCACUGCACCUCCAGCCACGACUCCGUGAAGCUCAUCAAGUUCGCGGACGACACCACCCUCAUUGGACUCAUCUCCAACAACGAUGAGUUCGCCUACAGGAGGGAGGUGGACCGGCUGGUCAUUACUGAGUACCCUAGUAAAACUGUUCUCAAGGUUUCCUCCCCUUCCGAAGCUGGGAUCAUUCAAAACAUCACUAAUAAACAAUCAUCGGCGCUGGCUUGUCCCUAUACCGCUGAUUGGAGCCCCUAUCGGGACUCACCCGAUGUCAACGCCGCCUUUGGAGUGGAUCAGUCCCCGGAGACGCAGAGCUAG